AUGACGACUGAAUAUGAUCAACAUCAUGUUCAACGUGGAGGAUAUCAACAAUAUGAUCAACAAAGAUAUCAACAACAUGAACAACAUGGAUAUCAACAGCAUGAACAACGUGCAUAUCCUCAAUAUGAUCAACGUGAUCAAUAUCAACAGCAACAACAACAAUAUCCAUCAGUCCCUGAACGUGGUCGAGCUAUUCGAUUAAUGAGAAAUGGAGAUCCAUAUUUUACUGGUCGUACAUUUGUUAUUAAUCAAAGAAAAUAUCCAAUGUUUGAUGGUUUCUUAGAUGAUGCAUCUCAAUCCUUACGAGCUAAUUUUGGAGCUGUUAGAUGUAUUUACACACCCAAACAUGGUACACGAUUAAAAGAUAUGUCUGAAUUUGAAGAUCAUCGUACUUAUGUCGCAGCAGGUGGAGAAAGAUUCAAAAAACUUCAUUAUUUGGAUAUAGCAGAUGGCAAACGCAUUGCAACGAAAGGACAAAUUCCACCAAAAUUUCAACUUCCACCAGUUCGACGUAUAGAUGUGGAGGGACGCGCAAUGAAAUUAUCUCGAUCAGAAAAUGUUAUCAUUUAUGUAUAUCGAAAUGGUGAUCCAUUAACAUUACCUGCUAAGAUUCUUUUAGUUAAACCAACAUUACAAAAUUGGGAAUCAGUUCUAGAUGAAAUUACAAAAAAAGUAUCUCUAGCUUCUACUGCAGUAUUAAAAUUAUAUUCAAUGAAUGGAGAUUUAUUAACAUCAGGACAACAACUUGAAUAUAAUGGAAUGUAUGUUGCAGCUGGAAAAGAACGUUUCAAACGUUUAGAAUAUCCAGAUGCAAAAUCAUUUAGUGCAAAUUCUUCACCAAAAAUGUCAAGAAAAUCAUAUAUGAAAUCUGAUGGAACAAAUACACAUACAACUAAUACAGCAACUUCGUAUGGAAGUACCGAGACUACUGGCCAUCGACGUCCUGUUCGAGAAGAAUAUGAUUUUUUUAAUAACAAACCACAACAACAUCGACGUGGUCCAAUUAAAGAAAUUGAUCUUGAUCGAGAUGAUGGUGGUAUUUACAAAGGUCGAUUGAAUCAUCGAGAACGUAUUCGUGAAAUUGAUGAUACACGUGAUACAAAAGUUGAUUUACCAGUUGAUCAUAGACAAGUUGAAACUGUUAAAGACGAACAAAUUUUUGGAAAUAAUGAAAAAAUGCCUCGCCGUCAUCCACAAACGAUGAAUCAAUCAUUUUCUGAUACUCGUCACAAACCAAUCAAAAGUCCAUUAAAGAAUUAUAAUAAUGACGAUAAUCGAUAUCCAUCUAAUAAUAAUUAUAAUCAUCAUACUGCUAUACCAAUUGAUGAUAAUCAUUUUGAUCAACAUUCACCAAGUUUCGAACGUCGACAAUCAUUUGUAACAUCAAAUACAGUGGCUAAUAAAAUCAAUGAAGAUCAAGCUGCUACAAUCAUUCAGUCACAUGUUCGUGGUUAUCUAACACGUAAACAGUCUCAACAAAGUCAAAUUCAUGGUAAGGAACGUAAUGGAUAUCAAUAUUGUCAACCAUCACAAAGUGACUAUAACAAUAAUAAUGAUUAUGCAUAA